AUGUCCCCCCACGAUUCCACCCCGCACCCGAAAGCCCGAACGGGCGCUUCCGACCUCGGUCCCGAUCCCAACGCCGGCCGUGGUCCCGGUCCCGGCUCGAAACCAGCGCAGAUGCAAAGCCGAGCCGCGACGGAACUGGGAAGGAUCGAGGCGUGGAAAGGCCAGUCGAAAGGGGAGGAGCCGUGGACGCCGACCGGGGAGAGGUUCGGUCGCUCGCUGGGGGGGCUGGGGAGCUUCGUGGGGUUUCAUGGGGAGGUUGUUGAGGGUGGGAAGGAAUGA